AUGGAAACAUUAAGAAAUAUUAUGCAUAUAAAUAAAAAAUCACAAAUAUUUUAAUUAUGUUUCUAUUCAUACCCUAUUGACAAAAAAUAUGUGGCAAUUGAAUUUAAUAUCAAAUAAAAGUACUAGCUCAAAUCCAUUUACUAGCAGGUAUGAAUAGAUUUGUCGAAAUCAUGAAUUAUUUAGAAAUUCAAAAACAUUGACCAAGAUGACACCUUUUUUGGGUAUUUAAUAGUGAAAUAAAGAAUCAAAAUAUUUGAAAUUUUCUAUACAUAAGCAGCAUAUAUAUUACCAUAACGUAUUCAUCAAAACCCUUUUAAAUCUAAUUCAGCAUUUAUCCAUUCUCCACAAUUUGUAAUCUUAUUUUACAAAAAAAAAAACUGUUAAAAAACUUUUCACUAUUAAACUAUUAAAAUCAUUACUAUUAAAUCUCUAAUUAUGGAAUUGACUUUGCCAUGAGGUAUUGAAUAUUUAAUUUUGUAUGCAUAUCAUUAUCAUUAAUUAAAAUUUAUUUAUUGGAGAGUCUUUUGAUCAUGUGAAUAAACUCCAAAUUUCAGUUUUAGUCUAAGCUGUUUGCUUUAAAACCUUGGCUAAAACCUCAUUCGUAAAUGUAGCUAUCACAUAAAGCUUUGUCAUCCACUUGUUUUUUCUUCUCUUCGCUCAGUAACAGGAAUCUCUUAGUGAUGAUGAUUGAUUUCUCUGGUUCUUGUAUUAAUAUAUCUAGCCUAAUUAUACCAUUUCAAUAAAUAACCUUAAUUUUGAGUCGACACAGUUCUAAUUACCCCCUCUCCAAUUGUUAAUGUGUUUAAAGGGUAAUGAUACUGGAGGAAUCAACUUAUGGAAAUAUUUCAUCAUUUUAAUUCAUUAUAGUUAUGUUACUGAAGUGACGAAAGUUUUCAAGCGUGCAAGCUUAAAUUUCAUGAAAAGUUUUUGUAAGUUAGUACAUUCAGUGUGCCUUAGUCUAAAUCGAUUAUGUUUUGUAGAAAGCCAAUAACUAAAUAGUCAAUGUUUUUCGAACUUAGGACGAAACCAUACAACCUGAAAGAUAAUCGAGAGCUAUUUGAUAGUCAAUGCUUCACUGCAGUAAGCUUUUCAGACGUUUAUUUCAUGCUCUCCCUUCAGUACCUUCGUCUGGUCCACAGCCUUGGCUCUUCAUCGGGCUUGGCAACCCUGGUGAAAAGUACCAAUCCACGAGGCACAAUGUGGGCUUUGACAUGAUCAGCACGUUUGCACAGGCACUUGGAAUUUCUAUGAAUUCUGUCCAUUUCAAGUCCCAUUUUGGCGAAGGAGAAUUUGAGGGCACCCCCGUCCUCCUUGCAAAGCCGCAGACUUACAUGAAUCUAAGCGGUGAAUCUACAGGGCCGCUUGCAGCUUACUACAAACUUCCCUUGAAUCGGGUUCUUGUGAUUUAUGAUGACAUGGACUUACCUUGUGGAGUUCUUCGCAUACAACCACGAGGAGGACAUGGGCACCAUAAUGGGUUAAAGAAUGUCAUAUAUCAUUUUCGUGGGAACAGGGAGUUCUGCAGGCUAAGAGUUGGCAUCGGACGGCCACCUGGACAGAUGGAUCCCAAAGCAUUCAUGCUGCAGAAGUUUAAUAAAACAGCUCGUGUGAGGAUUGAUGCUGCCUUGGAAGAGGGGGUCGAAAUAUUGAAGAUGCUCUUAACCAAAGGAUUGACAGAGUGUGUCAAUUCUGCUAACGCUGAGCAAAAAUAUAAGCAUCUAAGAGUGCAGAAUUUACCAUGUUGAUGAUCUUUUGUAUCAAUAUCUUUCUUUUACUUGUCCAUGUAUUUUAUUAGAAUGCAAUACAUUGAAUUUCUCAUUCUUGUCUAUUUUUUCAAAUGUUAGAUGAAUUCUGACUCUUUUGGUGAUUUCACUUUGGUGUGAUGCUUGCGACUGAAAACUGAAUUAAAAUUGGAAGCCUUUAAUAAACACUUUUCAGGCA